AUGUAUCGAUCGGUGCAGAGAAUUAUCCGGAAAUUUAAGGAUGGAUCGUGGGAUGGAGGUCCAGAUGACUCGAAAGAGGUGCCGCGGAUCCUUCCUGAUAGAGAAGAGUUAUCGAAUUCUCAUAGUUUUUUGAGAUGGUUGAAUUCCCCUGAUGGAUCCUUAUAUGAUUUUGAUGAUUUAAAUGUGGGUUUCAUGGUCGAUUACUACGAAGAGACUUUGGCAUCGCAAUCUAGAUCACGAAAUUAUCACAACAGCAGUUCUUCGAUCGGAGGAAAUAGAGAGAAAGGAAACCAAUUAGAACUGGGUCCGCGACCUGCUACUCCUGACGCCGGAGGACAAUCAUUUUCAGUUCUUUUGGACGAUGUUACCAAUUCAUUGAAAAGGCUUAGUUCUCUUUAUCCUCUUUUGCUCUUCUACAAUGCCCAAAUAGGCCAAGCCUUUCCAAUUGAGUAUCUUUUGGACUUUUGCGGAAUUUAUGUGCACGAGUUGUUGUGGCGCCAUAGAGAAUACUUUUGGGUUAUAUAUUCUCCUGCGGAGGCGAGUUUCUGCAUAAAUUAUGCUUUGAAAACGUGGAGACGCGUAUACCAGCAUGAACCUGAGCUAUUCUCCCAGGAACGAUUCGGACAAAUUCCAAAACUGGAAGCGGAUGCUAUAGGCAGGAAAAGAUCCGGAAGAUCCUUCAGACGCUCAAUAACUUCAUCUUCAUCUUCGCUUCUAAAUGAUUCGGAAGUUCGAUCUAAAAAUAUCGACAAGUUUUUAACGACUGGUAUCAAGGAGAAGAGAGAAUAUUUGCCAAAAACCCACAAAAUCAAUAACGAACAUCACAGCAGCGGGCCGCAGAUCACAUUCGAAACACUAUUUUCCGAUCUAGCAAAAUCGAGCUCACAAAAUUAUGUUAUCAAGGACAAGAUAAUUUCUAGCCUGAAAAGAGUUUUCGGUGGUAACUCUGAUUCACUAAGAGGCACUCGACGCAUGAUUUGGAAAUGUAAAUGCGGAUGUACCUCUUAUGACGAUUUCAGCGAGUGGCCAGGCCAGGAAGGUGCGAUCGUAGAGUUCGCAAAAGAAUUGAUGCAAGCAGGCUACAUAACCCAAGCACAGAUAACAAGGCAGCCAGGGAGGACGAACAAUUGGGCUCCUAGAAAGCCCCAAAUCGGUCUAAAUCUCAUUUCCAGAAUAAUUCCCAGAAUUCGCCAGACGUCCCUACCAGUAUUUGUGCAAUCGAGCUCUAAAAAAAGCACAGUAUGCCUUCCUGUCGAUAAAUGCCGCUGGCUUCAUUUAUGCAUGAAGAAAAGACCAUAUGCAACUCACCUGAAGCCACUUCACGUUUGUAAGGACGACGAACAGAAUCCCUUGACCGACAAAACGUUCUUUAAGGCUCUCAAACAGGCCUAUUCUAAGGAAAAAACGUGGAAAGAUUGGUUGAUUUUCAAACUUGAGAAAAUCGAGUUUAUAGGUUUCGAAGCCUGCCCGGAUGAUUAUGUUGAUCAUAUCAAACCCAACGAUCUUCCGUCGACAACCAAUGAAUAUGACUUCGUACCUCCACUAUCCUCGAAAAUGGUACCGCCUAUAGGUCCAAAGCACAUGUUGCAUCUUUUCCAAAAUUGUUCUGCAAUAUCUCAGGUCAAUUCAAGUUUUUACCUCCAGCGAAUCCCCCGCAGGAAGAUUGAACCGAUCACUUUUAAAGCGAACAGUCUCAACGACAACCUAGGCUGGGGAUUACACUUUGUGGAAGGACUAAAUACGUCCUUGGCUGUGACCGUUAUGUUUAUUGUUUCCUCAAUCUUAGGGAUAGGAUUUGCGAUCUGUUGGACAAUGUUGGAAAAGGAUAUCCAAGGAGCAUUUGCAGUUGCUGCCUAUGUCACAAGUGUUGCAACCUUGGCGGUAAUGACUUGGCAAAUGCGGGCUCUGUGA